AUGCCCGCGCCUGCCCCGCUGGUGGCACUACCGAUGCGGGCAUACACCCCGAGCAGGAUCCGCGGAAGCGAAGCUAAUCCCCGGCGGCGGCGUAGUCCCAAAUUUUGCCUGCCCAGGACCACUCGCGUCAAUCAAGCGGCGACGAGCACGUUAAGUCCGGCGGCCAAUGGGGAGUUCGCCUUGCGGGCCGCCAUCUGCCCGGGGGCCUGGCUGUCUCGCGUGGUUCUUUGCCACCGGGCUCCGAGACCCGCGCCGCCGCUGCUGUUCUGCCCUGAGCGCGCGCUCGCCACCUUCGGGCCCGGGGGCCUCAAGGGGCGAGGGGGCGGCGGACGGGGCCCACCGGCUGAUGGCCCGAGAAGCCGAACGGGAGAGGUGGAGGAACCAGAAGAUGCCGAGGACGAGGAAGAAGAGGAGGAGGAGCUGCUGAGGAGGGACCCUUUGCUGCCGGUGGGGACCCAGUAUGUGUGCCUGGUUCACCCUGAGGUCAAGUGGGGACCCGGGAAGCCGCAGCGGACCCGAGCUGACCGGCAGGUGGCGGAGGCGGAAUCUCUGGUCCACACGCUGGACCGCUGGUCGGUGGUGGAAAGGAUGGUGGUGCCCACCGGAACACCCGACGGGAAGGUCGCGUUCGGCAGAGGGACCUUGCGGCACCUGACAGAGAAAAUCCGAGCGUUGCCAGAAAUCACCGCGGUCUUUCUGAACGUGGAGAGGAUGGCCCCGCCCACCAAGAAAGAACUCGAGGCCGCCUGGGGCGUGCAGGUGUUUGACCGAUUCUCCGUUGUUCUUUCCAUUUGCCGCCGCAACGCCCGGACGAAGGAGGCCCGGCUGCAGGUGGCGCUGGCUGAGCUCCCCCUUCUCAGGUCCCACCUGAGCAGCACCACCCGCCUGGAUGGACGGGGAGGAGGCUCACGCUACAUCAUGGGGUCAGGAGAAUCGCUCGUGCAGGUGCAACGGCGCCUGCUGAAGGACAAGGAGCUGAAGAUUCGUAAGGCCCUGGACAGACUUCGGGAGAAAAGGCGUCUCCUGGGAAGGCAGCGCAGACGGCGGGAGUUUCCUGUGGUCUCCAUGGUGGGAUACACAAACUGCGGAAAAACCACGCUGAUCAAGGCCCUGACGGGUGACGACGCCGUCCGGCCCCAGGAUCGGCUGUUUGCGACACUGGACGUCACGGCCCACGCGGGGUGGCUGCCCUCCCGCGUGGCCGUCAUCUACAUGGACACCGUCGGCUUCCUCUCCCAGCUGCCCCACAGCCUGAUCGAGUCCUUCUCCGCCACCCUGGAAGACGUGGCUCAUUCAGUGAGUGUGGGAUGAUCCCAGGGGCCAAAUUACCUAAAACAGCUGUGUAACCUGGGGCCCGGUCCCCUCACAUGACACAACCUUGGGGACCAGGUCCCCUCACACGUGACACAACAUAGGGAUCUGGGACCUUCACACACGACAUAACCCUGGGUAGCAGGUCCCCUCAUACAUGACACAACUUGGGGGCAGGAUUCUCUCUUGCACAAUACAAAGUGGGGGCGAAAUCCCUCAAAUGUGACACAGCUUGGGGGCCAGAUCCACUCACGUGUGACACCACCUUGGGACCGGGUCCCCUCACACGACACAGCCUUGGGGACCGAUUCCCCUCACACGACACAGCAUGGGGCCCGGGUCGCCUCACACACGACACAACCCAGGGGGCCGGGUCCCCUCACACACGACACAACCCGGGGGCCGGGUCCCCUCACACACGACACAGCCUUGGGGACCGGGUCCCCUCACACGACACAGCGUGGGGGCCGGGUCGCCUCACACACGACACAGCGUGGGGGCCGGGUCGCCUCACACACGACACAGCGUGGGGGCCGGGUCCCCUCACACACGACACAGCGUGGGGGCCGGGUCCCCUCA